AAGAAGACUACUAAGUCAGCAGUCAAGUCUUCUCCCUAUUCUCUCCUUCCACUAAAGGAGAAACAAGGGAAAACUCCAUCAGUGCUAAACUUCACCAAUUAAUUGUGUCAAUAUUGUUCUUGAAACUGAAGAAGAGACAUGGAGAUUGAAGGCAAUAAAGCUAAGCUGAAUCAGAAGCAGAAGAAGCUUGAGGUUUCUGAUGUCCUCAGGGAAGCUGUUAUGAUCUAUUUCAGAAACCUCAACUUCAUCAUCUUCACAUUUCUCACUUCUCUUCCUCUCCUUUUUAUCAUGCUUUACUUUGAAAUUCACCUCCAAGAAAUUCUACUUGAAACCUCUCUUAUUCUCAACCAACCGCAUGCUCAUUCCCUAUACCAUCACGGCUUCAAUCCAGAUUCUAUUAUGAGAAUAUUCAAUAUGGAUUAUGUCUUGAAGUUGAUUCACCUUGGAUUUAUUUACAUGGUGCCUUUGCAUCUCUUCGAGCUUGGCUCUGCCAUUUUCACUAUAGAUUUGGCUUCAAAGCAACAAUAUUCAGAAGAGAAGAAAGUAACUCUCAAUCUCAAGGAGAUAAUAUUUCAGAAACCCCUUGACCUAUCAAACUUGAGGGGCACGUUUGUCACAUCCAUCUAUGUUUUGUUCUUGACAACGACUCACCAGCUAGGAUUACUAUGGAUAGUGAUAAAUUACCAUGUUUUCUUGAAGGACUUGAGUUGUUACAUGUUGUUUUUUGUAAUUUGCAGCUUGGUAUUUGCAAAGGUCUUAAGGACGUGUUUGGAAUGGAGCGCGAUGUGGAACAUGAGUCUUGUAAUCUCAGUACUGGAAAGGGUAUAUGGAGUUGAUGCAUUGGCACUUUCAGUUUAUUUUAGCAGAGGCUGUCACAGGCGUGGGCUUUUUCUGAUGCUGAUUUUCUUUUCAUGGGGACAUCUUUUGAGGCUUUCAUGCCAUCAUCUUAUUGGAGAACAAGGAACUUGGUCUGGAUUUUACAUACAAGUUGGCCUAUUCUGCUUGGUAAAUCCACUGAAAUGGGUCGUCUUCAUGAUCUAUUUCCAUGAUUGCAAGGAGAGAAGCUUGGAAAAGAAAACGGAUGAGGAAUUAGGCAAAGAUGUCAAAGUGGUUUCUGAAUGAAAACUAUAUUGAUCUUUUAUCAUUUUAUAUAAGUCCAGACAUGCAUUGUAAUUUGUAAGAACACACUUGUGUAAUGUUUACACUGUUGGAGUAUGUAUUAUACAGAUCUUUUGAUUUUGUUA